AUGAUCAAGGAAGAGAUCUCUAGCAAGGAGGAUAAGAUGGUUCAUUAUUUCCUACAUGUUGUCUCUCUAUUGUUCUCUUCAUUUGAACUUGAUACGAAGUCUGUUGUUGAUAUUAGAACCAGGGUGUUAGAGGAAAAGAUUGUAGCAACGCAAGCUUGUGGGUUGUUUGUUCUGAUUACAAAGAGUAUUUAUGUCCUACAUUUGGAAGAGUCUCGUGGAUAUUUGAUAUGGUCUACUGGUUAUUUCCAUGAAGAUACAUUAAGGGUUGCUGAUACGGCUGUUAAGAUGAGCGUGUGGGCUGCAAAGCAAAGAGAUGUGUGGGUUAAUGAACAUGGCGGUACAAAGAACAUGAUGAAAAGAACCGAAGAUGGGUUAAAGCUGAAAGAGACGGAUGAUGAACAGCAGCAACAGGAGAAGUUUGAGGGAUUUGUUGUCUCUUUUCUCGGGUUGCUUUGGGUUUACCUCUCCUAUUUGCCUCUACACGUGAUCGAGAUGACAAGAGUGACUCAUUCUUUUCUUCACCUUGAGGACAAGGUGAAAGUUUGGGCCGCCGGUAUUGUUAAGCCCAACUAA